UCUCGUGCCGGAGGUGUUGAUGAUGAAUAUUUAAAUCAGAUGGUUGAGCUCGCGCAGGAUGGAGGGGAGGCCGCUGAUUGGACGCUGGGCUCCGGCAAGCAGCGCGAGCGCAGGUGGCACAGAGAGCGGAGCCGCGUGCCCGCUCAGUCGCUCUCAGGCUCCGCUCAGGUGAGACCACCGGACCGUUACCGGACCCUUACCGGACCCUUACCGGACCCGUUCCCGCUCUUAUGUCUUAUGUUUUGAUGUGUUUUUUUCCCGCCUCGCGUGAAGCCGUGUGGAUGAUUUAAGUGCUGGCGCGUGCACGAUGCUGAGCGCCGUGAAGAUGGAGGGACACGAGCACGCGGACUGGAGCGGCAGCAGCUACUACGGAGAGACCGAGUGUUACAGCGCAGCGGGAAACAUGAACUCCGGUCUGUCCAUGAACUCCAUGAGCAGCUACAUGAGCGCGCCUGGCAUGACCGGCACCGGCCACAUGAACGCGCAUUACCCGGUCGGGGUCAACCACUCCUCGGUGCCCCCCGGGGUGUCCCAGGGCCCCGGGGCCAUGGUGCAGGCCGGGGCCGGGAUCCCGGGCCUGGGGGCCGCGCUGCCGCCGAGCAUGAGCUCCAUCAGCCCGCCGCCCUACGGGAACAUGCCGGUGAUGAGCCCGGUGUACGGCCAGGCCUGCAGCGGGAUCCGCUCCAGGGAGCCCAAACCGGCGUACCGGCGCAGCUACACGCACGCCAAGCCUCCGUACUCGUACAUCUCCCUGAUCACCAUGGCCAUCCAGCAGUCCGGCUCCAAGAUGCUGACCCUGAACGAGAUCUACCAGUGGAUCACGGACCUGUUCCCGUUUUACCGGCAGAACCAGCAGCGGUGGCAGAACUCCAUCCGCCACUCCCUGUCCUUUAACGACUGCUUCAUCAAGGUGCCCCGCUUACCGGACAAGCCGGGCAAGGGCUCCUUCUGGGCCCUGCACCCGGACUCCGGGAACAUGUUUGAGAACGGCUGCUACCUGCGGAGACAGAAGCGGUUCAAGUCCCUGAAGCAGGCCGGUGCCGGUGCCGGUACCGGGGCGGAGAAGGAGGCGGCGGCGGCUGCAGCGGGGAAGCCGGGCUCGGAGGGCGGCAGCACCGGCUCCGACUCCCCGCACUCCUCCUCCUCCUCCCCGGGCUCCGAGGUGAAGACCCCCGGGGGGGAGCUGAAGCCGCACCGGGGGGACCUCGUGCCCUGCAGCCCCGUGCGCGUGCCCUCUCCGCUCGCGCACACGCAGCACCUGUUCUCGCACCACCACCACCACCACCACCACCCGCUGCUGCUGCACGAGGCCGCGCACCUGAAGCCGGACCACUACCACCCGCACGCGCCCCCGCACCACUACUCCUUCAGCCACCCCUUCUCCAUCAACAACCUCAUGUCCGAGCCGCAGCACCACAAACUGGAGCCGGUGUACGGAGGCUACGGCUGCCCGGUGUCCGGGCCGCUGGUGGCGGCCAAGAGCGGCCUGGACCCGGCUCACAGCGAGCCGGGCUACUACCGGGGGGUCUACUCCUCCAGGACCCUCAUGAACUCCUGAAGGACUCAGAGACAGGAAACACUCCAGUGUUUUUGUUUUUUCAUCAUUUAUGUGUUUGUUUAUGUGCAUCAGAUAAAAAUCUUU